GCCGCCGACUUGAUGGAGCCAGCAUGCAUGCUGUGUGGCCGGGCAGAGGCUGACCCGGACAUCUACGGGGAGAAACUGCAGAAGCAAGGGAUCUGCGCCCACGUCUUUUGCCUGUUUUUUGCCAACGGCCUCGUCCGGCAACAGGUCAACAACGUGGGCCUGAUGGGAUUCCCCUUGGAAGAUAUUCGCUGUACAGUCGAGCAUGCAGCGCAGAAGCGCUGCUUCGUCUGUGGCGAGAGCGGGGCCGCCAUCACCUGCUGCCAGGAGGGCUGCGACCGCAGCUUCCACCUCCCCUGCGCCGUGGAGGGGGAAUGCGUCACGCAGUUCCGUACUCAGUACAGGUCCUUCUGCUGGCAGCACCGCCCAGAGCAGGCAGUGGAGGCGGCUCCGGGGGAGAACACCGCCUGCCUCAUCUGCCUGGACCCUGUGGAGGACAGGAAGUCCUACGGCACCAUGGUGUGCCCAGCGUGCAAAUACGCCUGGUUCCACAGGGCCUGCAUCCAGGGACAGGCUGUGCGCACCGGCAUUUGCUUCCAGUGCCCUCUCUGUAGAGAUAGGAGUGCAUUUAUCACGGAGAUGCUCACCAUGGGCAUCCGAAUCCCUUUCAGAUCCCCAGCAUGGGAGAAGGAGCCUGCAGAUGCAGCACCAAAUGAGAGGCACAGCCGCUGCGAUGCCCGUGAGUGCCUUUGCCCAGGAGGCAGGCAGCACACAGAGCAACAGGGGCCCUGGCAACUGCUCCUGUGCUGCUCCUGCGCUGCCGAGGGCACCCACAGACGCUGCUCCCACUUGGGGACCGACACGGCCAUAUGGGAGUGUGACAGCUGUGCUGGCCUGGGCACCGCCUCCAGUGGCAGCUCGGAGGUCGCGGGUCCCAUCACGGAGAGCCAGUCAGGAUCGGGGCCGUCCCACAGCUCUCCAGCACCAGAGACCAGCAGCCCCAGCACAAGCAGCAUGGUGGCAUUGGGGUCCUCCACCAGCUUCACAGAACCGGAGAGCAGCAGCCCCAGCAGCACUGGUCUCCAGGCAACAUCGGGGCUGUCCCAAGGCUCCCCAGUGCCUGAAAGCAGCAGCUGCUCCAGCCCACCUGGGCCCGACCGCGUGCGAGACCGCUCUCGCUCGCGGCGUCGGGCCCAAAAGCCCUACAGCCGGCGCACAAGACGCCGUGGCAGGAGCCGCGCACCAGCACCCAGGGCUGAGAGCAGCAGCCCCGCACAGUCGGUGCCGGGAUGCUCCCGUGGCUCCCCGGUACCCGAGACCGGCAGCCCCAGCACCGCCAGCCAGCUGCCAGCGGGGUCCUCCCCCAGCUCUGCAGGGCUCCAGAGCAGCCGCCGCCCCAGCCGCCCCGGGCCCGUGCGGGGACGAGACCGUUCCCACUUACGACGUCGGGCCCAGAACCCUUACAGCCGGCCCGGACGCUGA